GGCGUCGCGCAGGAGCGGUGCGGUGUCCACGCAGCCGCGGGGGGACGGCCAGGUGAGACGGACGUCCCUGAGGCGGCUCGCUGCUUCGUCCCUGCGGAGAGGAUGCUAUUCUAGUUCCGACCUCGGACUCGUUUGGGCUUUGAAGGUGUUUUCUGAUUCUUUCUUCCUUUUUUUUUCCUUUUUUGACUCCACGACGCGCAGCUGAAUCGUGGCCCAGAGAUGACGGAAGUGGAGCCGGUGCUGGACUUUGCCACCUCCGGCCGCUCCGGGAGGAGAAACGCUCUGCCUGACAUCCUGGGGUCUCCAGCAGGAAUGAACCCCGGUGACCUGCCGCUGAAGCUCGGUGAGCUGACGCUCGAAGAUGGUCCAGGAGGAGCUCAGUCUCCCACAGCAGGGGAGCCUCCUGCACCGCCGGAGGGCUCAGAGGGGAAGGAGGGCUCGUAGGGACUCGUUUCAUUUCCCUCCCCAGAGCCUUGCAGAGAAACCUGAGAGACGGGAUGAAGGAACGAGACGGAGUGCUGAUCUGUGCAGAGCCAGCAGCUCAGCCACGGAGGGAGAGUGACGGAGCGACUCCUGAUGGACUGGAGCCACCAGCUCAGGACGGUUUCACUCUUUGCACCAUCUGAAAAGAUUUCGACGUCCCUUUGAUCAGAAUCUGCGAGCGUGCAUCUGCGUACGGGUGACCUGCACGGUCACUGUGGCCACGACAGACUCAAAGGGACUGAGACAGAAUGUACACUGCUAUUUUUGUAUGAUUUAUUUAAAACUAAAGAAAAAACCGUCACUGCUGGGUCAAACUGUAAUUUACACUUUUCUGUCAUUUCCUGCUCCUUUACGAUCUGUAAUGAUGUGCGUUAUUUUACUAUGACAGUAGAAGGAGUUUGACAACACCUUGUAGUGGCUUACAGCUUUUUCUGCUGGAUGACGAAAGGAAGUUCUGAAAUCUUUGUGCUGUGUUUUUGCUUUCCCACUAAUCGUCUGUUAUCCCCUGUAUGUAUUAGAGUGUGUCUACACUGCAGGUGUACAGUUUAUACCCUUCAUAACCAGACUGUUCGAUGACCAGGGAUUCAGUGCUUUUUUUUUAGGUGUCCACAUGGUACAGCACAACAACAUGGAAUCCAUCAACUUGGACUCCAUACCUUGAGACAUUCUUCCAGAGAGAAGUGUCCCACUGCCAGCAUAGCCACACGGAUUCAUUCAAAUACAGAGGGACUUCAACAUUUCCCCUUUUUAUUUUUUGCUGAAACUCUGUUUUCCAAAGUUCUGAAGAUGUGCCUGUCGGCAGUUUUCAGCUGAGAGCAGUUGUUGGCUAGAAAGCACUAAUGAUGUUUCCUCAGAUUCACCAGGAGGUGUUGCUAUCACUGCUUGAACUGUAAAUGCAAGAUGAAAAUAUCAUUAUUCUACUAUCUGACUGGAGAAAUACUGUUUUGCAUCCUUUUUUUCCCCAUUUGUGGUGACGCCCACACAUGCCCCACCUCUGACUACACGACCAAGCAUUAAACUUCACCACCACCAACACGCCGUGUGUUUGACGUGCUGUUAACGGCGCCAUUCUCGCCUUCUGCCCAUCCACCCGGAAAACAGUCUGUUCACUCAUAAACAGAUCAGCUGAGCUGUGAAUAGGCUGCAGGACGGAGUGUCAGACCAGCCAGAGAGAGCACUGUUGCCCAGCUUUUUGCUCCCUGCUACUGUAUGUAUAUAUAUAUAUAUACAUGUAUAUACUGUACUGUAGUAAAACUGUUUGUCAUACAUGCCACCUGUAUGGUUGCCAGACUAUAUUUGCAUAAUGUACCCAAAAAAAGAAAUAAUUUACUGUAAGUGUCUCUAUUUGAAGAUGUGUUGGUGGUGGCUGUGUCUUUUUAAUAUGGUUGUAUUUCACAAAUGCAACAAGCAAAGUUUUCAUGGCCUCUCUGAGGCCAUUUGAUUUAAAUCAGGAGUGUAUUUUGUAGUGUCCUGAUCUCUCAAGUAACAUUUUACUUAGCUGCUCUGAAUCCUUUAUGUUGAUUCUAUCUGGUGGUGAAAUUUGUCAUAUUAAACCCCCAAGCUUUACAGAUUCCACCGUGUGUUGACGAGUUUUGCUUUAUUGGAAGGUACUGUACAUGGUGAACAAAAUCUCAUUCAUCUUUCACAAGAUUUAGAUUAAAAAUAAAGCUUUAUACAAACUAGGGAUGCCCCGAUACCGAUACUGGUAUCGGGGCUGAUACUGCUCUCAUAUACUCGUACUCGCAAACAUUUUCCGAUACCACGCGCCGAUACCACUUCAUUGUUGUUGUAGUUACUGGUUAGCGACAAUUAAUGCAAGCGGGAUGUCAGCAGUGUGGACAUAUUUCAAAAUAAGGGAUGACAACAGAAGCAAUGAAGACUGCGGGCUGUCGGUGCGGAGUGUGGCCGCGGGGGCUGCGCGCUCCCAGCGCGACCGGGCCG